AUGGACAACUCUAACUCGUCUACCGAUCGUCCUCAUUCACCCCGCCCCACACAUGACCACCACAAUCCACCUCCACCACAACCAUCGUCUCCAGGCGCAACCCAACAACAACCCUCCCCAUCUUCUUCAUCUUCGUCACCUUCUUCAUCUACAUCAAUUCCAGCUCAAGGCGUAACCACGCCUGUCACAACCCUAUGGGACAGCUUCAUGAGCAGCUUCCUCAACAUCAUCCACGCCAAUGUAAACCAAGCCACUCCUCCCAACCAGCAAUCCACAGCCAACCACGCGGCUGAUUCCACAGGCGCUUCCGGCGUGCAAACUCAGGAUACAAAUGCAGCGCAGCAGCCAGAAGCUCCAUCUGUCACACCAUCAUCAUCCUCCCAAGCUUCCCACACCUCCACCUCCCCCUCACAGCCGCACACAGACACGACCGACCUACCGCGUCCACCCAUCUUUUUCCGCCUUCCCUUUGCUGCACCGGACGGCAAUCCCGCUCUCCUCGCUUUCCAUCCGCAGCCAUUGCCGCAACGUGAGCCAUCUUCCACGGCGACGUUGGCAUCCUCACCAUCAAACCAUAACCAGAACCAAACCCACAACCAGAGCCAGCCACCGCGAUCGCCAAAUACUUCAACAGCACCUCAACCGAGUCAGCCAGACUCUGCUCAGCCCGCUUCGCGGCCGAUCGAUUCAUCUAGCAACCAUCUUGGAACAAGUCCUGCCGGAGUGCACUCACAUCCUCACCCGGACGGCCACGUCCCCGUUGCUCCUCUCUUUGUUCCCUUUGGUGCAUCGCCCUUGCCGUUUUCCUUCAUCUACGACCCAAGCACUCAAACCGCCUGGCCAAUCGCCCAGGUCACGCCCGGUUCUCCACCUGGAGGUCCAUCGCCUGACGCACCCGAAUCACAACAGCCUCGCCUCGUUGCUGGUCCGCCGUUCCGCAUCAUCCUCGACAUUCACUUUACCCCAGCGCCCCAGCCCGAACAGCCCGAUCCACAGAAGGCGGCAAACUACGUCAAACAGCUCGAGCGUGCGGAUGCCGAACUUCGAGCUCGUAUGGCGCGUCUAGGUAUGGGCAGCAUCGGUGGCUUUGGCGACUCCUCCCCCUCUGCAGCCGAGCAAGAUGCGCUGCUAGGAUGCGGUAUCUGUCUCGACAACUACGACACCGAAGACCGUCCCGAAUGGAUCGAUGGCCCCAAAACUCAAGACGAAGCCGUCGUAGCCGUGCCGUGCCAGGGGCACCACACACUUCACGCUGGCUGCUUGCGUGAAUGGCUCGAGAAGCUGCCCCCUUCUCAAUGGACCUGUCCCUUCUGCCGAGCUAGCAUCAGUCCAGACCUGACCAAUCGCGCCGCUCAAGACGCAAUCUCGCCGCCGCGCUCCAAGUCUGCCGGAGCUUCGGCUGCCUCUGUACCUUGUACAACCUUGCGUGACGAGGUUCGAGCACGAGAGCGUAAGCAAGGAUGGCGUUGUGAUGCGCCAGCAUGUCUUCCUCGCUAUCCUCUCACCUCACGCUCCGACGACGGCCACCUCGAACUCCCCGAAACCAGCGAUAAUAUGACCACCGACCUGGUCAAGCUAGCGCCAUGCCAUCACGAGGUGCAUCUUGACUGUCUUUGCACCAGCAUGCGUGUCGAGAACCACCUCGCUGGCACGAGCGAUUUAGAUACUAUCCUUGCUGACACUGACUCGGAUGAGUCGACUUCGGAUGUUGACAAUCAAGACAUCUCGGAUUCUGCGCAGCCGCAACAGACGGCGCGACACGAACAGCAUGAUACGGUGGGCAAGUGGGUCACCUGUCCAACCUGUCGCAAGGAGUGCUGGGCAGAGCUGCCGUUGCGACGUCGUCCCAAACGCUCCACUCCAACGUCGCAGGCCACUCCCCUGGAUGCGGCCGUCGUCUUGGACGCAGCUGAUGAUGUUGAGCGGGUCAGUAAGUCUCUUCCGUCUACACGCUCGCCUGACUACACGCAUGGACGAGCUACACAAGACGCGCAACCCAAACACUCACCACUAGCCAUCUCUGAGACCUUGUCAGAGGGCACAACGGACCCGGAAGAGGAAGCCACCGUCAACGCUAUGCUCGUCCCAAACGCAUCAACUUGA